AAAACUCCAUAAUUAGACAGAAUUAUGCGCAUGUAAUUUGUUUAUUGUUUGAAACCUUCAAUGGAGACUGGAAGAUGUAACAGCCCUCUAGACAUCAUUGUUGUAUGCUGCACAAACUUUUACCAGACGAACAAUGCUUGUAGACCAUGUCCUCCAGGUUCAUAUGGAAGAAACUGUUCGCUCACUUGUCCACAAGGCUGGUUUGGGAGUGAAUGUAAAUACUCGUGUGAUUGCCAGCUUUCUGAUUGUUACCCAACAUAUGGUUGUGUGAUGACAACUACCUCUAUAGCAUCAUCAUACCCAUCAACAUUAGAUUUAAGGGAUGCAUCUCAAGAUUUAACGACGGCCUCUUACCUAGAAGUCAGUGAUUCAUCUUAUCUAAGAAGUGCAACAACAUCAAUCCUUUAUACAAAUCCAGGUCUCUCGGUAUCUCAACCGAAUUAUUACUCGGUUAUUGUUAUUGUCACCGUGUCUGUUGUGGUUGUAUUACUUAUAACAAUUUUGUUUGCCAUUUUGUUUCGGAAAAUCAUCAUGCUACAAAACAGAAAUAACAUGAUAUCGCAAGAGGUUGUUGCAUUAAAAAUGACAUCAGUAAAUGAUAAUAAUGUUUACGAUCAGUUUAGGGAAGAUAUAUCGGCAUCAGAAAACUCAGAACAGAAAAGUAAUGUCUACGAUGUAAUUGACGAAAAUAAAACAUCACAAAACAAUAUUGACAAUUAUUUGGACCUAAAAAGACAUCAAGGGACCAAUUGUUAUCACUUUAUGCAGGUUUCAUCUCCAGACAUACAAUUUGCGACGGAGGAUGAAUCAGAAUAUUUGGAUCCAGUUUCGGAUGCUGGAGUUAGCAAUGCAUAUAUUGACGUUAUCGCUUAGGUUGUCUGUUCAGUAAUAUAAUCAGUAUAGCUUGGUUGUUAUGUACUGGACAUCUAUGUCGUGGAGUGAUCAAUUUC